AAGUUGGAACUUACAGGAGGAUUCUGUUGUCUCAGCAGCUGCACUAUGUAGCUUUCAAAGUCGCUAACAAAAAACAGAAAGAAAAGUCAACAAAGUGGCUGGAUUGUAGUCGAAGCAAUGCUCCCAAAGAAUCAGAAGUUUCAGGACAAAGAGCUCUGGAUUGUCUUGACCCUUUUCCAUCACAAGUAGGCCUGAAGAUGCAGAGAACACCAUGAGUCUGCUGACUUUUUGCUCCAGUGUUUGGCUUACUGACUGCACACAGACUCCUGUGGUAGAGCCGUGUGUCUGGCUACAGUGCCCUCCAGAAGGAAGCCAAGUUUAUCAUGGCUAAACGGGAUUACCUUGUUGAUGCUGCCAAACAGAUACGCCAGGCUCUAGAUAGAGAGGUCAAUGAAGACUAUGAGGCUGCAUUCAAUCACUACAAGAAUGGGAUCGACCUGCUUCUCAAAGGAGUGCAAGUUGAUCCAAACAAAGAGCGUCGGGAAGCAGUGAAGCGGAAGACAACUCAGUAUCUUAGGCGAGCAGAAGAAAUCUUUAACAGCCACCUUCAAGGCAGCCUAGUAAAUAUGGCCUCCACCUCACAGUGUUAUGGCUUUAGCAGUCUAAGAUUCCGUCCAAUCAGAAUUCUCAGCUCACCAGUUGAAGACCUGAAGAUGUGUAAGGUCAUUGGGGUCAUUGACAAGGUGCUUCUUGUUCAGAAUCCUGUUUCAAAGGAGACCUUUGUAGUUAAAAGUUUGUUCAAGUCUAUCUUGGAAGGCCGGGAACACCAGACCAUUAUUCCUCAAGGGGUACCCUACAUGGCACGCCUGCUGAGAUACUAUGUCAGUGAGGACGCCAUCCUUCUUCACUUGGAACAUGUACAAGGUGGCCGCCUGUUUUCACAUUUACGCAAGCCUACAGAAUGGAAUAAAGAGUACCCUGAAUGUUGCAGCCCCUCUCAAAAGAGAAUUCAGCUAAAGACCAGCUACACAGCACCAGUCCUCAAGUUUGAAUAUGAACAGGAAAAAUCCCCAACCUCAAAUCAUUCACCAGAGCACUGUAACAGCUGCAGUCUUGAAGAAGAAGAAUCUACAGGACCUGCCGCUAGCCAGACACUCCCCACUUUUGCCAUUUCAGACACAGAUCUAACGAGGCCCAUGCAGGAUGCUGUUACUGAAUGUAAUGUUUUAUCAAGUUGCCAACCAGGACCACAUAAAGACAUUGAGUCAGCCAGUGAAAAAAAUCCAUGUGACAUGAACGAUACAGAACCUCAGGGGUAUCAUUCUCAAAGCUGCUGCCCUGACAUAAUCGGACCGUCCUGGACUGUGAAUGAUCUGGUAUACAACAAAUCACUUGGUGAACACAAUGCUUUGUCAAUUCCAGCAAAAACUGAAACUGUGAAGAAACUGUUAGACUCCCAACUGUGUAUCAUGAACAUGUGCUCCAGUUCAGAAUUUAAAUGCACAUCCCAGGUUAUUUCUGAAAAUGAAGUUUCAGGCCCAGGGCUAAAAGACUGUGGUCAGACAGUUGAAAAAGAGCAGAGUAACUCUGGAGACAGCAAAAAUACAACAGCCUGCAAGCUGGAUAAAAGUGGCAGAAGGGGAAAUGAGCCUGAGCCAAAGAAAAGCAGUGAGUCUGGCAUCCAGCUGUUAAAAGACAGGGACGAGGUCAUUCAGGUUAGAGAGGGAAAUGAAAACUCCAUUGAGAAAAGAAAAAAGGCUGGCAAAACAGAGGCACUAGAAGCAGCAAUAAAGAUACUCUCAGGGAGGAGACGUAUGCCCUUCCAAAGUUCGAGUGCUGCACAGAAGUCCGCCAUCUCCAUAGACCUAUGUCCUGAAGGCAUGAUUGUGUCAGAACAACAAGUAACCUCUCACAGAACCAGAAGCCAUAAGAAUGAGGAAGAUGAAUGGGUGAAAGUUGAAUUGUCCUCUCCUGAGUCCAAACACAAGGAGGCCUCAGACUUUGACAUCAAAGGCCCUCAGCUCAGAUUUGAGGCACAGGAUCAGAAGAACGAAAGGUUGUCACCUAAUGAUUUGCACAUUGAAGUUAAUGGUUGGUGUCUUCUAUCAAAGCCAAGAACUGCUAAUGAGCGAAACAAGCAGAGCACAUCAAGGCUCCCCGAAGAUGUGGUCCGCCUGUGGGUGGCCCAGAUCCUACUGGCGCUUGAAAGUCUUCAUGAGCAGGGGAUUAUAUGUAGGGAUCUGAACCCAAAGAACAUCCUUCUAGACAAUGCUGGUCAGGUGUGCUUGACAUACUUUGGUCAGUGGAGCGAAGUUCAGCUUGAUUGCAGUACCACAGCAAUGGAAAACCUGUACUGUGCCCCAGAGAUUGGGGGGGCCACCGAAGUUACCGAAGCCUGUGAUUGGUGGAGUCUUGGUGCUGUCUUAUAUGAGCUUCUUACAGGAAUGAGCCUGAAGCAGUGCCACCCCUCAGGAAUCUUACCACAUACCCAGCUCUGUCUGCCUGACUACUUGAGUACCUCUGCUGCAUCCCUACUAACUGAGCUUUUACAGUUUGACUCCAGACAUCGCUUGGGCUCAGGAGGAGGAGGUGUGUGUGACAUCAAAUGCCAUCCUUUCUUCAGCACCGUCGCCUGGCACAGCUUGAGCAGUUAGGCUCAACAGUGAAUGAGACUGACACGUAUCUUCUUUGGUCACAGAUCCUAAGAUGCAAAUAAGUACAACUCCCAUGUGACUGAAGGGCGUCCAGACUGAAAACUACAGCAGCAUGUUCCACCAGUGGCUGAGUCCCAAUGCUAGUCCUGUAUUACUGUUUUUAUGUAUGCAAGGGGUCAUUCUGAAAUGGGUGUAACUAAUUUAGUUGUCCUUAAUAUGUGGGACAUCAUGGACACCUUAUAACUUACUGUAUAUAAAAGGCACAAUCCCACGGAAGAGGUGUCUUUGUGCUUUUUCUGUGAGCACCUUUGCACGGCCUUAAUUUUAGAGUCACUAGAACUGAUGGAGUCUAGUAAAUUGUAAAUGGAUUGCAACUAAUAAUAUCAAAAUACUUAUACGGCACCACAUUAAUAUUUACAAGUGAAACAAAUUGGUAUGGAAUGCAAGUUAUAUUCAUGUCCAAAAUAAAAUGUUAAACUAUUGUAA